AUGGAGACCAUCAAUGCCGUUCUGUUGAUGCUUGCCACGUUGAUUUCUGCAUUGAUUGUACACCAAUUGCUGAAACCAAAGCCGAAGGCAAAGAAAGUAGAUACAAAAGCCUUCGAAUCUAUUAUCGACGACGAUGGUUGGGCCGAAGAGGAAGAGGGAGAAAAAAACGCUGUGCCUGCCCUCACAACCGUCCCGUCUCCGGAAGCCAUGCCAAUGCCUACAGCAGCACCACAAGAUAUUAUUCCUGAUCCGCCAAAGAAGAUAAAUGAAGGUCCAUAUAAUAUUGGAGAUCGUGUCGUUCUAAAAAAUCUAGUCAGCGCCCAAGAGUUGAAUGGACGUCACGGUUUCAUUGCGGACCUUUGGGAUAAAAAGACGGAACGAUACCCUGUCGAUUUGGAUUUGAUGGAUCCCACACGCAAGAGCCCGCUGUCCGUCAAGGUUGGAAAUAUGGAAAAGGAACCUGUCAUGAAGGAUACAGAACGCGCCAUGGCUGUCAAGGCUUGUCUUGAAGAGUCCGAAGCACGGACUGCAUCCUUCAUUUUCUCUGCACUCCGUGGAUCCCUUCAGAAUUCGCUCAAGGGAGAAAAGGAUCCUCAAAAGCUUGCCGCCUUUGGAUGGAAGUUCUGGAAGACUCCCGAUGGUCAAGGUGUCUAUCCGUCACUGAGAGAUUUUUUGACCAAGGGUAUUCUCGAACAAAACAAAUUGGAGGAUUUGGAGAAACAACUCAACGCGGCGAACCCCAAGGGAGCCUAUGCCAAGGUCAGCAAGGCCAUGACAUCCGAAUUGGCAGUUGCAUCGUGGCACAUUCGAGUAUCGGGUGCCUUUUGGAUUGUCGGUGUUGGCCCCGAAGGUACUUUGGUGGUUCCAGAAAACAAUACGAGACAAGUCUACUCUAUUCUGGGCUUAAAAGUUCCACUCGGAGCACAAGGGCAAUUCCCUCGUCCUCCAAAGUUCUUUUUGACAUUAUUGCCGUGGUACGGUCGCAUCAUUCAUGACCCCAUGAUCAUGACGACUACAGGGGGGAAUCAAGUGGAAUUGGCGAAUCCACAACUGGCGGUAGAUCUUGUUACCGCCUGCAAAGCUGCCACACAAGAAGGUCGUGUCGUUUCUCGUUUGGCACAACUAGAAGUGGAAGGAGGAAGCAAAGAGGGUUUGCCAUACCAUCCUUUCAACAAGCCACCGCCAACGAAGAUGGACCCUGCUACCGAAAAGGAACGUGGUUUUGUAGACAGUUUGGCAGACUACACUAGUGCCGCUGACAAGCAACCGACAUCUGCGUGGAACUUUAUUCGUUCUGGAAGAGAUAACAACGAAGUUAUCAUUAUCAAUGGCAAGGGAGCCAAGUUGGGAGCAUUCUUGGCCGGAGGCCCAGAACCAACUCAUAUGGAAAUUUUGGAAUCCUUGUUGGUAGUGUGUCAAGAGAAGAAGGAACGACCUCGCAUUGUGGGCGUGGACACCCCUUCGGCCGUUACUCGGCUGCAAUUUUUGACGCAGGGUGUCGCCAAUAUGACUGUCGCCCAAGUCAACGUCACACGAAAGCCCCAGCAGCAAGCACCAAGUUCAUAG